GUGGACUCUUCUCCAAAGGCCUGGGAAUUGCUGAAAGGUAUAUUUGGCUCAGAGAAAAAAGUGACAAAGCGCAAGGAUCGAGUGACGAAUCAGCAGGAGAAAGGAAGGCAGAGAGAGGAGGGACGGACCCCGGAGCUCAGAUCAGACUGCAGGAAACUGGUGGCAGGAUGGGUGAUCCAGCAGCUGCAAUCGAGUCUGCUACAGCCGUCCCCGUGGUGGUGGGGGCUGAAGACCUGCGAGAUGGUUCUAAAAGCCAAUCGGCAAAUAAGAAGAAGUCCGACUCCGGGUCCGGCGGCAGCUUCUUCACCUGGUUCAUGGUGCUCGCCCUGCUGGGUGUCUGGACCUCUGUAGCCGUGGUCUACUUUGACCUGGUGGACUACCAGGGAGUCCUCGACAAGGCUAAGGGCUUACACAUUAACCUGUCUGAAGCCUUGCAAGGAAAACUGCAGGCAUACGAUACAGAUGGCGAUGGUGAUUUUGAUGUCGAGGACGCUAAGGUUCUGAUAGGACUCAAAGAGAAGGCCGUGGUCGUCACGUCCCGUCGGGAAGAAGCUGCUGCUCCAGCUAUCGCUCCAGAAGCAGAACCGACACCCGACGCUGUGUUUGAGCCGGAGCCGGAGCCUGUGGAAGAUGUGAUUGACGCGUCUGUAACAAAGGACACGUCUGCACCACCACCCCCCCCACCAGGUCACCACAAUCUGCCUCUGUCUCCGGAGCCGGAGGUGGAUCCUGAGCCUGAGGAGACCCCUGAGGUGGUUGAGGAGGACCCGGAGGUGCUGGAGGGGGACCCUCCUGGUGUGGAGCAGCUUGUUCCUGUCGAGGAGGUAGAAGAAACGAUCAAAGAGGAGCCUGUGGAGAAGGAGACGGCACCUGGGGAGCUGGAAGAGGAGGCAGCGUUCGAGGAAGAGGAGGAGCAGGCUCUUGAAGAGGAAGCUGCUGUGGAGGAGGAGGAGGCUGCCUAUGAUGCUGUAGAGGAACUUGCAGCAGAGAUGGAGGAUACCGAGGAGGAGGCUGCACAUGAGCCUGUGCACGAGGAGGAAGCUGCUGAGACUCUAGAACAAUCCAUUCAGGAGCCUGCUGAAGAGGAAGAAGCUGUUGAGAAUGCUGCCGAAGAGAUGUUUGAAGAACAACAAAGUCCUCCAGAGGAGGUAGCUCCAACAGAAGAAGCUGUUGAGGAUGUAGCCGAUGAAGAGGAGGACGCGCCUUUUGAAGAACCUGAGGAAGAGGAGGCAGCUCCAACAGAAGAAGCUGUUGAGGAUGUUGCUGAUGAAGAGGAGGACGCCCCUUUUGAAGAAGCUGAGGAAGAGGAGGCAGCUCCAACAGAAGAAGCUGUUGAGGAUGUAGCCGAUGAAGAGGAGGCAGCACCUUUAGAAGAAGAGGAGGAAGAGGAGGCAGCUCCAACAGAAGAAGCUGUUGAGGAUGUUGCUGAUGAAGAGGAGGCAGCACCUUUAGAAGAAGAGGAGGAAGAGGAGGCAGCUCCAACAGAAGAAGCUUUUGAGGAUGUAGCUGAGGAAGAGGAGGCAGCACCUUUAGAAGAGGAGGAGGAAGAGGAGGCAGCUCCAACAGACGAAGCAGUGGAGGAGCAAACCGUCUCUGUCCCAGAGACAGACGAGGAAGUGGUGGCAGCAGAAGAAGCAGCAGCGUUUGUGGAGGCCGAUGCACAGAAUCAGGAUCAGCCCACAGAAACGUAAAGGCUGCCCCUGUUGUCAUGGUGACAGUGCAGGGACCCGCUGACCUUGCAUCAGCACCAUUUGGGCGUGCUUGGCAAUGAUGCACCUCGCCGACGCCAUAGAAACGAGAUUGAGUAUUUAUGACGAUACUCUCAGCCCCCGUCUCCUCCUUCACGUUCUGUUUGGUGUAAAUGUGACAUGAUGAAUUAUUUUUUCUUGUUUUCCACUGAUUCCCAUUCUUUUUUUUCUUCUUUAAAGUAGAACAGCCAUUCCCAUUAUGUUCUGUGUGACUGUGGGCUGAAGGUGAGCGUGAUGCGUGCUACUUGCAGCUAGUUCACCUCAGACGUGUAACAUCAAAGUGUUACUUUGGCUGCCUGAAACCCGGUUGUGCUGCUUAGCAAACUCUCAGGCAAAGUGAGGGCUGAGCCGGGAGGUGACGUGGUCGGGUCAGAAGUGGCUGGGGCGGCUACACUGCAGAGUGUCCUCCUCCUGGUCAAAAGGCUUGAUGGAUCUAAUAAUAAAAAUGUCUGACUUUAAUCAAACUAAAAAACAAAUUGUCUGCUACUGUUGCAGUGCAUGUACAUCUCCUGCAGCUGUGUUCAGUUGUGGCCGCAGUGAUCUCUCACCCAGCCGUGUGUGUGUGUGUGUGUGUGUGUGUGUGUGUGUGUGUGUGUGUGUGUGUGUGUGCCCCAUGUUCUGGUGUGUUCUACUAAUCAACCCUCUCAGCGAGCCCUAAAUUCAUAAUGUACUUUUUGAGAUUGUUGAACCUUUUCCUUCAUGUUUGUUCUCCAGCUGGCGUUUACCUGUGUUUGUUUGUGUUCAAUAUUUCCAUCAAACUGUCAAGUCCUCCUUAAAAUGGAGUUGUAACUUUAAUUCAGCUCUUCUAGUUCAAACUGUGAUGCAAAGCUGUCACACUGUGGUAAAAAGAUGUAUUUUUUGUAAGCAUUUUGACCCGGUGGGAUCCAGACUUCCUUCCCUAACUGGAUCAGGUGUCUACUUCUUGUGCAAAUUGCCUGUUGCUGACAAAUGGUUAAAUGAUUUGAUAUCUUUGUUUUUAUCAUAAGUAAGUUACUUAAAGGGAAGCUGGUGACACGUUUCCCUAGUAACAGAAUCUGAAUUGGGCUAGGUGUGUAUUUCAAUCACUGAUGCUUGGUAGCGGUGCCCCUGAGGGCCCCCCCAUCAUUCCAUUCCUAAAAUGAUGGAAAUAACAAAGCUAAAUGCUCAUGUUGCUGUUGGGACGCAGACACUAAACGAUGUUUAGGAUGAAAGGAGACCACGUAACGCAUACCUCUUUUUUUAUUCUUUUAUUUGGUGUCAUAGACCCUAUGUGGUUCUAGUAUUAACUACCACGUGGUUUUCAGUGUGCAGUGAAGGUUUUUGUAGGAUGUCUCUCUUUUCUACUUCCAUACACUUUGUAAGUCAAUGUGAACUGUAAAACCUUUAACAUUAAAGAGAACAGUCUUUCCCAAGAGAGCUUCUAGAUUUUUAAAAGUAACAUUUUUAAAAAAGUACGUAGAAUGAUGAAGCCAUAAACUCUCUGACAGACCGCUUUAAGAGACUUUAUUCUCCAAAUCAAAGAGCAGAGCAAUAAAAUGAGCCGCAGAGCGACCUGAAGCAGCAGCAGCAGCCCGUGGAAGCCUUUGUGACGUGGACACAAAGAGGGACACGCUGUGUCUGCUGUAGAGGAGCUGCAGGGAAUGACGCUCCACAGCGUUAUGAGGAAACCCAGCUGUUGGUUAACCACUGCCUCAGGUCCAAUACUGAGGGUGUUUAAAUUAUUGUGAAGUACUGAUGCAUUGUGGGGAGUUAAUGUCAGUUUUCUGUAAAUUAUCUUUUGCUGCAAUAAAAGGUUUGGGACAACACGGCAAAGACUCAUCUCUCAUGAUACAUACCUUAUUAAAGAAUACUCAUCCUUCCUUU